AUGUAUGUUUGCUUUCCGAAGGUCCACCAGUGGCUGUGCAGCAUCAAAGCCUGCAAUGCGGACCCUACCAACCGCCCGGACGUAGUUCUCGUGGCAACUCACGGUGACAUGCUUACGGACAAGGAAGGCAGGAGAAGGGCUGAGACCAUUCUCAGGGAGAUGAGCGGCAUGUUUAGGACCCACCUGAACAUAGCUGAUCAGGUCAUCGUCAUGGACUGUCGGAGGUCCCAAACUUCUGAAAUGACGCAGCUGAAAAAGUGUCUCCACAAUUUCCACGAGGCUCUGCUGCGAAAGCAGCAAGACAUGCCCAAGUUGUGUGCUGAGAUCAUCAAGUGUGUGCCAGAGUGGUGCAAAAGUAGAUGCAGUCCCAAAGGCCCUGUGAUGGACUGGGACACCUACAGACGCGCCGUGAAGGAGUUCAACCCUGCUGUAGAAGAGAACUUUCUGCAGAAGUCAACGGAGCAUCUUCACGAUCAGGCGGAGAUCAUUAUGGUUCGUAAGAGUGCCUCAAGGUCCGACAGCAUCGUCAUCCUGAAGCCUUCUUGGCUGGGCAAAGACGUCUUCGGCCCGACACUUGCACCUGAGAACUUCGUCGAGCGACUAAGAAGAACUGCAGACGAUCUUGUAACGAGAGAUGAGAUCUACCGAGUAUUCGAGGACAAGUCAGAUCCUGAGCUGGUCAUCACCUUGCUGCAAAGAUUCCAACUUUGCCAUUCCUACAAUGGCAAGGAAUUCGUCUUCCCAAGCCUUCUGACACAAGAAAUGCCCAAAGAGGCGUGGCUGCCAACUGGAGAGCCAAUGACGCUGUACUUCGGCAAAGCAUGGCUCUCGCGUCAUCAUGUCCGGAUCCGGCGUGUCCAGUGCUGCUGA